AUGAAAAGAGCAACUAUGGCUUCUACCUUUCUACCAAAACAUUCUCACGGCUAUGCCAUUCGAUCCAUAAGCUUGCCAACUAGAUCACAUCCAAGCACAAUUCGAAUUGAAGAGGAGCUUAACAAGCUGAAAUCAUGGGAGGUUUCAUCUUCCUCUGAAGUGGAGAGAAUUUUCUUUGGUCUCUCAGGCCUUGCAGAGUUGUACAAGUCCAUGGAAGAUCUUUUGAAAUUGCCACUCACCCUACAAGCAUUGUUUCAUCAUCACAACCAAAAAUGGGUUGAUGAGUUGCUAGAUUGUCCAGUGAGAUUCUUGGACAUAUUGGGAGAAACAAGGGAUGCCAUCAUGCUAAUGAAGGGAAACGUUAGAGACCUUCAAUCAGCACUUAGAAGGAGAAAGGUUGGAGACUUGGUGAUUGAAAGCCAUGUGUCUUCAUAUUGGAGUCUCAGAAGUGAAGGGUCAUCAUUUGGGGCCUCUCCUCUUUUGGAUCUCAAUCACCAUGUUUCAGCAGUUGUGAGGGUUCUAAGAGAAGCUAGCUUGAUCACCAGCUCCAUCUUUCAAGUGAUAAGGAAAGGGGCACUUGUUCAAUGCAACAAUGAACAGGAGAAUGUGAAUGAAUUGGAAAAAGUGGAUUUGGCACUUUGCAGAAUGGUCAUGGAUAACCUAGACAAAGAUUUUGAAGCUGAGAACAUUCAAAGUGCACAUAAAGAGCUUGAGGGUGUGGUGGUAGUCAUUGAAGGGCUUGAAAAUGGAUUGGAUUGCUUGUUUAAGCACCUUAUUAAUACUCGAGUGUCUUUUCUCAAUAUAGUCUCUCCCUGA